AUGGGAGAAAGAAUCACCUGCAACCCAGCCGAAUCUCUCGGUUUUGAUGUUUCCAGGCAACUGAAUGUGCUGCACCAGGCCGAUGCAUGUUUCAGUCGCUACGAUAUUCGACAUAUCGCGAUACAUGCAACUGAAUGUGCUGCACCAGGCCGCCUCAUGUUUCAGUCGCUACGAUAUUUGAAAUAUCGCGAUACAUGUAUAUAUGUGUAA